UUCGUGGAAGCUCACUAUGGCACUGUCCACCACCUCUCCAUUUAACAACCCCUUCAUCCCCUUUCUUUUCUCUCAAAUAAUUUCUCUCCUUCUCCUUCGCUUGCCCUUCUUCUUCUUCUUCUUCUUCUUCUUCUUCACAUUAUGGCUUCCACCGUGAAAUUGGUGAAGAGUAUUAAUCCAAAGAGUCUCUUCCGGUCCAUGUCCUUGCCAAAGAAGAAGAGUAGAUCUUCUUUGUCCAGGUCAGACCCAUCAUCGUUCACUUCAUCUUCUUCAUCGACUCAUCUCAAAGACGUUACUGGUCCAGGUACACCCAUGAAGAAUAUUAGCCCAAAGAGUCUCUUCCGGUCCAUGUCCUUGCCGAAGAAGAAGAGUAGAUCUUCUUUGUCCAGGUCAGACCCAUCAUCGUUCACUUCAUCUUCUUCCUCGGAGUCUUCUUCUUCAUCGACUCAUCUCAAAGACGUUACUGGUCCAGGUACACCCACAAGCGUUCUCCCUUCUUGCCCACAGCAAGUUGUAUCGGGUAAAUGGUCCGAUUUAUCGGCCGAUAUGACCUUCGAGUUGGUUCAGUCGUUUAAGCUCAUCGAUAAAGAUGGUGACGGGAAGAUAACGAGGCACGAGCUUGAAGAGAUGCUGACUCGGCUUGGGCUUGAGCCGGAGAGCGAGGAGGAGCUGGCUAUGAUGUUAAUGGAUGUGGAUCGGGAUGGGGAUGGGUGUGUGUCUUUGGAGGAGUUUGGUGCCCUCAGCUCGGCUUUCGGUCCGGCUUGUGGCUCUGAGCUGCGUGAUGCGUUUGAUUUCUUUGACGCUAACCGUGACGGAAAGAUCUCGGCGGAAGAGCUGUUGAAGGGUUUUUUGGCUAUUGGAGACGACCGGUGCACGUUAGAGGAUUGCAAGCGUAUGAUCGAUGGGGUUGAUACGGAUGGGGAUGGGUUCGUGUGCUUCGAGGAUUUUUCGCGAAUGAUGGAACGGCAGAGAUGAGAAUGAUAAGAUUAUGUUGAUGAAGUAUCUUUUUUUUUUCUUUUCUUUUUUUUUGGGGGAUUUGAUUGUAUGUUUAUAGAUUGAGUUCAUUUUGGGGUCUUUUAAAUGAAAGAUCAGAGAUUGACCGUUCGAUUGGGGAA